GGGAAUACCAACUUCAGAGCUAAGUAUGAGUGCUAUAUUAAAACAGGCAGCAAAUGUAUACACGAUAACACUUUUUCGUGAUUUUGAAGAAGAGUUCAAGCUUUCUGUGGCAAGUAGUACAAUGUUCAAGGGAAGUGUAGGAAGAACAGUGUUUUUUGAAGUGUGGAUAGAAGGAAUAACAGGAUCAAGGCAAGAAGUUCAAUACAAAAUGGAAGAUUCAACCGUCACUUGCACAUGCAAAAACUUUGAAGAAUCUGGAUGGUUGUGCUUCCAUUGUUUAAGAAUAUUGCAUAUACAUUCAAUCAAUACAAUUCCAGAUCGUUACAUAACAACAAGAUGGACUAGAUAUGCAAAGAAACAGAUGUGGGAAAGGGUUGAUACAAUAAAAAGGGAGAAAGGUGAAAUCAACAAUUUUACUGGUUGGAGAUUACAUAUGAUCAGAAGAUACUAUAACUUAAUUUUGAAAGGGCAUAAGAUAGCAAAGGCCAGAAAAUUUAUCGAGGAGAAGUUUAAAAUGGAUAAUAAAGCAGUUGAUGAAAUCAUAAAAAAGGAAGAAGAAAGGAAGGCAAAAGAAGAAGCUGCAAAGAUAGCAGAACAAGAAAAGGCAAAAGCUGAAGCACAACGAGAAACACAAGACGGGGAAUCAACUAAUUCUGAAAUAACAAUUGUGCUUGAUCCUGGUCGUGCUAAUACUAAAGGAAAGAGUAAGAAGAGAAUAAAGGGUCAAUAUGACAAUUACAAGCAGCCAUCAAAGAAAGGAAAAAAGAAACACAAAGAAUUUGGAUCCAAGACACCCAAUAUUCAAUUAUUUACACCUAAAGAACAACUAUUUUAGUGAUGUUCUUGUUUUAUUAUCAUAUACAGUUACUUCAACAUUUUUAAACAAAUUUAUUGAGUGUUUAUACUAUAGUUCUCCUUUACAAUACAUAGU